CGAGUGCGAGAGGGGAGUGUAAACCGGGAGAGCGGCUGCGAUCGGCCAGGCGCCUGCGCGGUGUCCGGGCCCCCGGAGCCCGCGGCGCUGAGCCAGCCGGGACGGACAUGCGCGGGAGGGCGCCGUGGGGCAGCCACGGCUCCGCGGGGGACCAAAAGCUGCUGGCUGAGUGACAGAGCCCUAGGACCCCAGUGUGAGACACAAUGUCCACCGCAGGCGUCGCUGCCCAGGAGAUUCGAGUCCCGUUGAAAGCUGGGUUUCUGCAUGAUGGGCAGGCCAUGGGGAACCUGAACACCUGCUGGGGCAGUCGCAGGGAGUUUGAGAAUAACUUUUUAAACAUUGACCCAAUAACCAUGGCCUACAGUCUGAAGUCCACUGCUCAGGCGCACCUGACGUCUCUUGGCCGCGCCUCGACCUCUGCUCCGACCCACAGCCACCGCCCGGCAGAGCGGGGCGCCUCUCACAAGUCCAGCCUUCCCCCCCUUGUACUUCCCGCAGCUGAAAACUUGGGACCCCGCGACGAGGACCAAGUUGUAGGCGGCUUCAAGAAACUCUCGGUGAGUGGGGGGUGUGCUCCCACCCCUCCGCUCACACCCAUGAAGAACGGCCCGUGCCCCUUCCCCUACCCGGCGCUUGAGCGGGGCUCCAGGCCCCUCCCCCCGCUGCCCAUCUCGGAAGGCCUCUCUCUGGACGACACAGACUGUGAGGUAGAGUUUUUCACCUGCUCCGACACAGACUUGCUUUUGGAAAACAGCACACCUUCUGAGUUCAAGUACAGCGUCCCCGGCAGGCGGAGCUUCCGCGGGUGUGGCCAGAUCAACUACGCCUAUUUCGACACCCCGACGGUGUCCGUGGUGGAUCUCAGCCAGGCACCUGGCCAAAACGCAGCGGGGCAGCACCCAGACCCUCCUGCACCGCAAAGCCACCGCAGGUUAAGAAGGUCUCAUUCGGGACCAGCUGGGUCCUUCAACAAGCCGGCCAUAAAGAUACACAGCUACGUGCACAGAGCUUCUCCAAACUCCGAUGAAGACAAACCUGAGGUCCCCCCCAGGGUCCCCAUACCUCCGAGGCCCGCGAAGCCUGAUUACAGAAGGUGGUCGGCCGAGGUGACUUCCAGCACCUACAGCGAUGAAGACAGGCCUCCCAAAGUGCCACCAAGAGAACCUCUGUCCCGGAGCAACUCCCGCACACCGAGCCCUAAAAGCCUUCCGUCGUACCUCAAUGGGGUCAUGCCCCCCACCCAGAGCUUUGCCCCUGACCCCAAGUAUGUCAGCAGCAAAGCCCUGCAGAGACAGAACAGUGAAGGGUCUGCCAAUAGGGUUCCCUGCAUCCUGCCCAUUAUUGAAAAUGGGAAGAAGGUUAGCUCCACACAUUAUUACCUACUACCUGAGAGACCGCCGUACCUGGACAAAUAUGAAAAGUUUUUUAGGGAAGCAGAAGAAGCAAACGCAAGCACCCAGACGCAGCCGUUACCUGCUGAGGGCAGCGUUGGCUCCGCCACAGAAAAGCUGGACUCCAAACCCAAAGUGGAUCUGGGCGGCCACGGGAAGCGGAAGCACUUGUCCUACGUGGUCUCCCCUUAGGCUCCGGGCUCGCGGCUCAGCAGCAGCUCCAUGGGAGCAAAGAGUCCUCAAGCAACUUUCCAGCUGGACCGAGGUUCACAGGAAAAUGUUUCAGGCUGCAGCAUAAACUGUUGAACUCUGUAAAGAGAGGGGUCGAGAGGCGCUGUUACGCUUAGGAUCCCGGGUUUUGCUGGCGUUGGAGGAGAGUCUGUCCAAGCCAAUAAAGAUGUGAUGGGGGCAAGACGGGGAAACUUUUAUAUAUGCAUACAUCAUAUACCUACAUAUACGCUCGCGGUAUCGCCAUAGACUGUAGUAGCAGGUUAACCAGUUAGUUACUAUCUUAGAGUAAUAUAUAUUCAGAAGGAUGGGAACUCAUGCUGGGGAAUGACUCCUGAUAGACUGAAAA